GCGUCUCGUGGACAGUGAAGAUAAACCUGCUAUGGGUUUUCUUUACAGAAAUAUGUAUAAGGCUAGAGAGGAGAUGGUGAAGAGGUUUCAAAGAAAUAAGACAAAAGUGGAGCCUUACUUGAAGAUCAUAGAUGAUCGAUGGGAUUCACAACUUCGAAAAAAUCUUCAUGCUGCUGGUUAUUGGUUAAAUCCAUCUUGUAGAUUCAGUCCUGAGUUUGAGAAACACAAGUCCACCACAUCUGGUCUUAUAGAUGUCAUUGAAAAGUAUGCUCGUAAUAAUCAUGAGUUGCGAGCAAAGUUAAAUACUGAGACAAGUAUAUUUAGAAAUUCCGAGGGCGACUUUGGAAGGAAAUCUGCUGUAGAAGCUCGAAAUUCACCAUUUCCAGAUGAAUGGUGGGAACUUUACGGGUGUCAAGCACCACAUUUGCAAAAAUUGGCAAUUCGGGUUCUAAGUCAAACUUGUAGCUCUUCUGGUUGCGAGAGAAACUGGAGUGUGUUUGAGCAUAUUCACUCAAAAAAAAGAAAUAGGUUGGAGCAUCAAAGGCUUAACGAUCUAGUCUUUGUUCGUUACAACUUAAUGCUAGAAAAUAGGAACAACAAAAUUCGAAACUAUGACCCCAUCAAUGAUGAAUUACUUCAUGAUCAUCAUGAUAAUUGGGUGUUGGAGGAUUCACCGCCAUUUUUAACAGUUGAGGAGUUGGAAUCAUUACGCAAUGAUCUUGCCAAUAUGACCAUCCAACCUAUUUCAAAUGAUAUUGAUGGAUUGAAUUUGGAUGAGGAUGAGGAUGAUGAUUAUGGCAAUGAUGCACCUGACACUAAUGCAGAAAACAUGGAUCAAAGUAAUGUUUUUGAUGAAGCUGCUGGAGAAGAUGUUGAAUUCCUUGAUGAGCUUCAAAUUCAAUCAAUAUUGACUCCUUGGAAUUAAGAUGUUAUUGAUGAUAAUACUUGUGUUGGAAUUAUAUUUUCUUGGGAUCUUUUUGAAUUUUUAUAACAGGGGCAAUCUCUUUUUUUAAUUUAUGUUGGAAUCAUACUUUUUUGGGAUCUAUUUGGAUUUUUACUACCAAGAUGUAUUUUGAGUUAUGACUAUGUUUUGAA